CAUACUGCAGCUGUGUGUGUGUCAAAUAGUGUGGAUCAUCAUGGAGGAAGAGAAGAAGAAGAUUCUGUGUGUGGGUUUAGUUUGUGUGGACAUCAUCAGUGUGGUGGAUAAAUACCCAGAAGAAGACACUGACAGCAGGUGUUUGUCGCAGCGUUGGCAGAGAGGAGGAAAUGCAUCAAACAUGUGCACAGUGCUGUCGCUGCUCGGAGCAUCCCCCGCCUUCAUGGGCUCACUGUCUGCUGGACAUAUGGCCGAUUUCCUGUCUCUCUUUCUCUGUCAGUUUCAUCAUGGCUGACUUCUCUCGUCGUAUGAUCGAUGUCUCUGCAGUGGUUUGGCAGGUCAAUGGUCAAACUCCCUGUGCGUGUUGUUUGGUUUGUCCUUCCAGCGGAUCCAGAACCGUCAUUCUCUCCGACACGAAACUUCCUGAUGUCACAGAGGACGAUUUCUCCAAAGUUGACCUCCGUCAGUUCAAGUGGAUCCACUGGGAGGGCAGAAAUGCUGAGGAACAGGUGAAGAUGAUCCAGCAGGUAAUGAUGUAUAACAGCAAGGUGCCACAGCAACAGAGAAUUACAGUCUCCGUGGAGAUAGAGAAGAUCAGAGAGCCGCUCUAUCAGCUGUUUCCUCAUGGUGACGUGGUGUUUGUCAGUAAAGACGUCGCUCGUCACUUUGGUUUCAAGUCGGCCGAAGCUGCUCUGAGAGGACUGUACCAUCGAGUGAGACAGGGGGCUGUCCUGGUCUGUGCCUGGGCAGCAGAAGGAGCAGAUGCUUUAGGUCCUGAUGGUUUGAUUGUUCAUUCAGAUGCUUUUCCUCCAAAAACUGUCGUCGACACACUCGGAGCCGGAGAUACUUUUAACGCUGCUGUUAUCUACACACUGUCCAAUGGUGGAAGUUUGCAUGAAGCUCUGACCUUUGGCUGCAGAGUUGCGGGCAGGAAGUGUGGUUUCCAUGGCUAUGACAACAUCAGUGAAAAUUUCACAGACAACUGAGCGAAGAGAACUGUAUUCUGGUUUGGGAUUAUUUGUGCUGCACAACCAAUAAAUAAUUAAUAAUGAUUAACUGUAGUUCACUGAUAACUGUUAACUCUUAGCAAGCUGUUAAUAAAAUACAGCUAAGAGAUAAUUCACUAUCUGUAAAUUAAGUAACAUCUUAUAAAGAUGAGAUUAUUUCUUUCUAUGAGUAUUAUUUCUUCUGACCAAUUAGAAAUAAAAUCUGUGAAAACAC